GCCCUUCAGAAUCUCUGCGCCCUCGAGUCGCCCGCGAGACGGACUCCUGCCGACUAAGGAGCGACUGGCCGACUGACGGACUGGCCGACUGACGGACUGGCCGACUGACGGACUGGACGACUAAGGAGCUACUGGCCGACUGACGGACUGGCCGACUGGCGGACUGACCGAACGACCGUCUGACUGACCGUCUGAUUCCUCGGAAGGUUGACUGAUUGUUCGACUGACUGACUGAUUGUUCGACUGGCUGACUGUCUGACUGACUGUCUGAUUCCUCGACUGACUGGCUGAUUGUUCGACUGACUGACUGACUGAAUGUUCGACUGACUGACUGUCUGACUGACCGUCUGAUUCCUCAACUGGUUGACUGCUUGUCCGACUGACUGACUGAUUGUUCGACUGGCUGACUGUCUGACUGAUCGUCUGACUGACCGUCUGAUCCUCCGAUCACCGGACUGACUGCCUGACUGACCGUCUGACUAACCGCCUGACUAAUUGUACGACUGGCCGACUCACUGACUGCCCGCCCGACCAUUUGACUGACUGUCAAUAUGCCUGUCUGGCUUGCCUGCCUAUCAAUCCACGAGCCAGCCUGCCCGCCUGCCCCUGUGACUAUCUCGCCCUGCCUGUUCGCCUGCCUGCGAGGUUGACCGACGACUACCUGCCUGAGUCACCCGACUCUCCGAUUGAGCAUUCACACGAAUGCCUGCGCUCAGCGUACGAUUCGGCGCCAGAGGGCCGCGUGAGUGACACUGCUAACUGAGUGCCUGGAUGAGCAGCUGAUGAGGACCCCCGACAUCUGACUGGGAAGGUGAUGAUCUUGCUGAGUGGGCGCUUGCUCUGAGGAGUAGGUGGCCGAGUGGCUCUGCUCGGCACACGUCAGGAUGGUACGCGCAGUUUGGACGACUCUGAAAACGCGAUUCGCAGGGGCGAGUGCGUGACGUCUGGGGCUCCGAUGGACGUGCGUGCGAUCGUGCUGUGGACGGCGGUGGCUUCCUGCGUUCUGCGACGAGCGGGCGGUGCAGGGGCUGGGCUUCGUCAACUCGACGGACCAGGUUUGGCCGGCCCUGAUGCGGAGGACACCGUUGGUACGGAGUCUGCCGUUCCCACUCUUGGCGUGGCCGCCGCCGCCGUCGUCCAGGUCGACCUCUGCUCCUCGCCGUGUUCGUGCUCCGAGCGGGAGGGCGCCUGGGAGGUGGACUGCGAGGCCCGGGGGUUGGGGCCGGCAUCGGCGUUGCCGCCGCCGCCCUCGGCCGCCCGCUCCUACCGCCUCUACCUGGCGCGCAACCCGCUGGGCCGCCUGGCGCCCGGAGACCUCGUCAACCACAGCGGCGCCGUGCUCGCGCACCUCGGCAGCGCCGAGAUCGACGACAUCGAGGACGGCGCAUUCGUCGGCUGGCGGUCGCUCAAGAAGCUUUUCCUCAACGGCAACAACCUCGAGUCGCUGCGCAACGACACCCUGCAGGGGCUGGACUCGCUCGAGUACCUGCAGGCCGACUACAACCUCCUCAGCUACCUGGAGGCCGGCGCGUUUGCCAACACCCCGCGUCUCAAGGUCCUCAUCCUCAACGACAACCUCCUCUCGUCGCUGCCCGCUCACUGCCUGCGCCCCUUGUCGCUCACCCACCUCGACCUGCGGGGAAACCGCGUGCGCACCCUCGCCUACGGCGGCCUCCUCGAGCACCUCAACCGCGUGCUCGAGCUGCAGCUCGACGAGAACCCGUGGAACUGCUCCUGCGACCUGCUCAGCAUGCGCCGCUGGCUCGACAACGUCCCCUACUCAGCGCUCCUCGGCGACGUCACGUGCGAGACGCCGUUCCGCCUCCACGGCAAGCAGCUCCGUGACGUUCCGCGCUCCGAGCUGUGCCAGCGGCGGGCCGCGUCGCCGUCCGGCGGCGGCGGCGGCAGCGCCGCGUCGGGAGGGAGAUUGUCGCGCGGUAAUAGCCACGGCGGCGGCGGCGGUGGUCACAAUGUUCACAACCAACAGCAGCCGAACCAACACAACAACCACCACGGCCACCACGGCCACCACCACCACCAGCAGAAGACGCAGCAGCAGGGGCACGGCGAUCGUAAGGGCGACGGUGGCGGCGGUGACCGAGAAGAGCGGACGAUGAAAAAAUCGAAGAGGCCACCGGAUGGAGGCGGCGGCGGCAACGUGACGACGGAGAGCGGCGGCGGCGGCGACGGGGGCGGCCGCGAGGUCCCGAAGUCGUCGGCGUCGUUCUCCUCGUCGCUCACCUCCACGACGGCGCCGCCGGUGGCCACGACGACGUCGCUCGCCACCACCACGAUGGCGACGGCGGCGGUGGCGACGACGACGACGGUGGCGCCGCGUGCCUCCUCCACGCGCCACCCCAAGGCCACGGUGCGAAACCCGCGGCCAUCCACACGCUCCACCAGCCACCACCACCAUCACCAGCAGCAGCAUCAGCACAACCAGCGCCCCCCGAUCCCCGUGCAGUGUCCCACGGCGUGCGCGUGCGUCGUGCACACCGCCGACCUCGGCCUGAGCGUCAACUGCCAGGAGCGCGGCAUCGAGCGCCUCUCGUCGCUGCGCCCGCGACCCGGCGACCCCAAGAAGCUCUACCUCACCGGCAACGCCCUCGGGCGGGUCAUGCGCGGCGACCUCGAAGGCCUGCGCGCCCUCGACCUCCUCCACCUGGCCGCCAACCGCAUCGCGUACGUCGAGGAGGGCUCGUUCGACGACCUCGGCGGACUCCGUCGGCUGCACCUGAACGGCAACGACCUGGCGCGACUCACGCCCGGGAUGCUCUCGGGUCUCGGCAGCCUCCAGUACCUGUACGCGGAGUACAACGUGCUCCGCGAGGUGGCUCCGGGCACGUUCGAGCGCACGCCCCAGCUGCGGCUGCUGUUCCUCAACAACAACCUGCUGCGCUGGCUGCCCGCCGGCGCGUUCGCCGCGACGCCCGAACUCGCGCGCCUCAACCUGCGCGGCAACCACUUCAGGGCGCUGCCCGUCGCGGGGGUGCUGGAUCGCAUCAGCGCGCCGCUCGUGCAGGUGGACCUCCACGAAAACCCGUGGGACUGCACGUGCCCCCUGGCCGACCUGCGGCGGUGGAUGCUCGAGGAACUGAGCGCCGGCAUCGUCGUGGGCGAGGUGACCUGCGAGUCUCCGGUGCGGCUUGCCGGGCGCGACGUCCGCUCGCUGCCCUGGGAGGUGCUGUGCCCUCUUCCGCACGACGGCGACGACGGUGACGACGUCGCGGCGGCGGCCCUCAUCCCGGCGGCCCCCGCCAUCACCGGGCGACCGCAGCCCGCGGCCGUCUCCCCGCCUUCGCCGGUCGGCGAGGGCGCCGGACGUCCCCUCCCGCCGGUGGCCGAAGCCGGGACCGCCGGCCCCGGCACGCCGGAGGUCUCGGCCGUUCCUCUCUCGGUGCUCAUCCUCAGCCUCCUCGCCGUGUUCGUGGCGACCGUCUUCGCCGCCGCGGGUCUCCUGGUCUUCGUGCUCCGGAGGCGGAGGCUCGGGCAGGCAGUCGGCGGUGGCGGCGGAGGUGGAGGUGGAGCGGGUGGAGUCGGCGGAGGAGGAGCGGGCAGGGCGGUCGCGCUCAAGCGCAAGCGGGGAGUCUCCGGCCGCGCAGGGCAGGACGUGGGCUCUGCGGGGCUGCAUCUGCGCUACGCCAUCUACGGACACGGCUGCUCGGCCUCCUCCGAGCGCGGCGCCAAGGCCGCCGCCGAGCGUGCCAUGCUGACGGCCGCGUCCGGCGCCGGCGUUGGCACCGGCGCCGGCGUCACCGGCGGUGUCUACGACUCGUCGUCCGUCCACCUGCCGCGCUUCCUCGGCAGGAUGUGCCGCAACCCGAUCUACGCGCCGCCACGCGCCGAGUGGAUGAGUCCCAGCGCGGUCGGAGCCAACGUGGGUGGAAUCAUCACGGGCGCCACCGCCACCACCGCCACCACCACCACCACCACCACCGGCGCCGCCACCGCCGCCAGCCUUGCCGACAUCUCGCCGGGCCGACUGAUAUUGUCGCACCUUCCCGGCGACGGCAUGGUUGGCCACCACCACCACCAAUACCACCAAUACCACCACCUCCUCCACCAUCAACAACAACAACACCAUCAUCAUCACCCACAUCAGCAGCAGCAGCUCAUACUGGACGACCACCACUUCCAGCAUCUUCAACAUCUGCACGAGCGGCACCACCUCCUGCUGCAGCAGCAGGAGCACCAGCAGCACCAGCAGCACCAGCAGCAGCAGCAGGAGUUCCUGCUGGAGGUAGAAGCCGGAUUGCGUCGGCAGGAGCUGAAGAUCUGCGAGGCCAUCACUCUGGCCGGUGUUGUUGAGUUACCGCAGCAGCAGCAGCAGCAGCUGCAGAUGCAACAGCUGCAACAGAUGCAACAGCAGGCGCCGCGGUUGCUGGAGGCCGGCUGUUUGUUGGAGGCGAGCGGAGGCGAGUACCUGGAACUGCGAGCGAAAGUCCACGCGGACACGGACUACCUGGAGGUGCUGGAGAGGCAGGCGACGCUCCACCAGGCGUAGCGAGGAGACGGAGGAAUUUAUGGAGGGAGGGAUGGAGGAAGGGGCACACGGGGUCUGUGGGGACACGGGGACUGGGAGCCUGGUCACGGGACUUGGGUCUUGGGACACGGGAUAUGCAGCCUGGGACACGGGACAUGGUACACGAGAUGCAGGGCGUGAGACACGGGACAUGGGGACUGGAACACGGGACAUGGUACACGGGAUAUGGGGCCUGAGACACGGGAUAUGGGGCAUGGAACACGGGACAUGGUACACGAGAUGCAGGGCCUGAGACACGGGACAUGGGGCCUGGGACACGGAACAUGGUACACGAGAUGCAAGGCCUGAGACACGGGAUAUGGGGCCUGGAACACGGGACAUGGGACGUGGGACACGGGAAACGGGACAUGGGACGUGAGACAUGUAACCUGAGACACGGGACCCUUAACACGGGACACACGGGACAAGAGACACGGGAACGGGACGUGGGAAAUACGCGAAUUGGGAGGGCGUGGAACCUGGGAGCUAGGACAUGAGACACGAGACCGCUGGACGUGGAGCAUGGGACACGGGACCAUGGACACAGGCGCUCGUGCGGGGCUACGAUUCUAUCGGUGUUGGCGAGCAGAGAGAGGGGUCAGAGUGUCUGGUGGUGACGUGAGACCCAGAGUACAGAUGUAGAGAUUGUCUGGGUAGUGACGUGAGACCCAGAGUACAGAUGUAGAGAGUGUCUGGGUAGUGA